AUGGAGAACUCAACGCUGACCCCUGUGCGCCGCUGGGUUGAACUCUCCAAGUGGUUGUCAGUGUUCAAGUUGAGCGUUUGGGUCCAGCCAAAACAGCAGCAGCCGCCAUCUGAUAGGUGUUUCAUGCAAGUCGAGGACUACCCGAGAGGUUAUCCACAAUACUCGGCUCUCAUCGCCGCUCACGACCCCUUCCACAUCUGCAGACGCUUCUCCAACCUCCGCAUCCGUCUACUUCUACUCAAGCAGGACGAGGUGUUGGUGCUGGAGAAGAGGCUCAGCGAGAUCGACGAGCGGGUUCUCAGUGACAUCGACAGCGCCCUCAAGGACUACGACGCGUUUGUCGAGCGCAACAGCAAGACGCUCCGGUACGAUGUCGCACGGCCAGGUGAUGUCGACAGCCUCCGUAAUUGGGUUGAUAACAUGGGGUUCCCCGCUAGCGAUGAGACCGAGUACCUCGAAUGCCGCGGUAACGGCGAGCUCGUCACGCUGGCGACCCAGCGAGGGGAGGACCCAACCACGCGGCUCGAGACCUGGAUAGAGAAGCGAGUCAUCUGGCUCUGUCGCUGGUUCCGGACGCGGCUACUCAGCCAAGCAUCCAGGGACGAAAACGUUUUCAUCUUCCCGGGCGGGCUGAUACCGCGUACCGCGCGGACCAUGGUGGCGUGCUUUUUCAUUGCUAUCCUGCUGGCGCCCGCUGUUAUCUGCAGUGUCGCGCUGACCGGCCUAGAGGCGCGGACUGUCGUCGUAGUCCUCGCGACGAUACUGUUGGUCGUUGUCCUCUCCGCCACGACUAAGGCGAGGGCGGUUGAGAUCUUCCUCGCGGCUACCGCGUUAGUUCCUGUUUCCCCUCUUCCUCCAUGA